GACGCGGCGGCGCGCCAGUCUCCCGCGGCACUCGUUCCGACCACACGUCGCGCUCACAUCCACAUCUAUCGACACGUGCGUGGCACAACCCUAUUUUGACGUUCCAAUUUCAAAGUGUUGUCAAAGUGGCUCGGGAUUAUUUAUGCUUUAUAAUCGGUAAUUUGAAUAAAAUCCGGACGUGUAGUGAAGUGUGACAUGUUCAGUGCCGUCGUGACCCAACGAAGGUGACAAUAGUGGUUACAUGUCAGUGAGCGCUGGAUGAUGACCGGCUGGAAGAACACGAACCGGCGGAAAAUAGACUGGUCCAAAAUGGCGACGAAUGUCGCUUCACAUAUAUCUCGGACGUCGUUCAUCUGUUUAUUUAUGGCUUUAAUAAGUACGAGGGUGAAAGCGGGCGAGCUGUGGCCAAUGGAGCGACCAGAAGGAAUGCCAGUCAUACAGUCGUUGGAGGUCAUGUGUGGGAAGGAUCACAUGGACGUACAUCUAACCUUCUCGCACCCUUUCGAAGGCAUUGUUUCUUCAAAAGGUCAACACGGCGAUCCUCGGUGCGUGUACGUGCCGCCAUCUACUGGACAAACUUACUUUUCAUUCCGGAUCGCAUAUGCUAAAUGUGGUACAAAACCUGAUCUCCACGGGCAGUUCUAUGAGAACACGGUGGUAGUGCAAUACGAUAAGGACCUACUUGAAGUGUGGGAUGAAGCGAAAAGGCUGAGAUGCGAAUGGUUUAACGAUUACGAGAAGACAGCUUCCAAACCGCCCAUGGUUAUUGCGGAUUUGGACGUUGUGCAAUUAGAUUUUAGAGGGGACAACGUUGACUGCUGGAUGGAAAUCCAAGCUGGUAAAGGACCGUGGGCGCCGCCGGUGUCCGGCAUCGUGCCCCUGGGCUCAACGCUCACCUUGGUGGUUGCUAUCAACGACUAUCGAGGUGAAUUUGACAUGCGAGUGAAGUCUUGUGCCGCGUCCGAUGGUUCCGGACACAUCAUACAGCUAUCUGAUGAGUAUGGCUGCGUGUUGCGACCUAAAAUGAUAUCGAGAUUCCUCAAAGCGAAAGCGGUUGAUGAGCGUGCAACAGUAAUAACUUAUGCGUUCUUCCACGCGUUCAAAUUCCCAGACGCUCUGAGCGUGCACAUUAGGUGUAAGGUGGAAAUCUGUCGUCAUGGGUGCUUGGACCAUUGCCAACUGGCUGGCAUUGCACCGCAAAGACAUGGAGCAUUGGAUAGAAAGGAUGAUAGAACACACCAAGAUCAUAACGAUAUCGGUGACUCAUCUGUUGAAGAAUCAGAUUUAAGCCUGGCUGAAGAUCAUCACCAUCUUUCAUUAGAAGAAGCAUUCGGCGAUGAAGUAUCUGGUGAUGCAGUACCAGCGCCUGCUCCUCUGCCUCAACGUGCUCCAGCUCCAGUAGUAGAAGAUGAUGCAGAUCGUAUGUCUGCUGUGGAAGAACUAGUAGAGGCGUUGGCCAGACCUUUUACUGAUCGUCCAACUGACCUAAGUGACCGUGAACGCUUCCCUCACGGUCCACGCAACCUUGGCCCAAUCAAACCAGAACCUUCAGGAGAUGGAGUAGUUCCCGCUAAACUUCCAGGUCCAGCAGUCGCUGGUCCCAGAUCUUUGCGUAAACGACGCACAGCUCGAGAUGCUAGGUCCGCAGAUGUUGGUGUUUCUGGUAUUUACGACGUGGUCUCCGAAGCAGAUCUUGCAUUUGGACCUUCUAGAGAGCCUGUCACUGUUUUUAGUGGCAGGAUACGUGAAGAGGUUGUAUACGGUAUAUGUAUGGGUGCGUUAAGCUUUGGAGCAUUAUUUGCCUCAGCAGCCGGCGCAGCUGCUGGAGCAGCUCUGGCUGCUGCAGUAUUGCUCCAAAAACUUCGCUCCAGAAUGGCUGUACAAGCACCACCUAUGUCACCAGCGCCAGCCUCUCAUUCACUCGCUGCUUGGAUGGCCUUAAGACUUUUAGGAUCCCCACCUCAUCCCCACCUUUCGAGAGAAGGUUGAUAAUAAGAACGAAACCCAAGACUGUUUUGUGUUUUAAUUUUAAAUAAGGCCAAACCGUCAAGUAAUACAAUAAAACUAUCAAACUUAUUUAAAUUCAUCUUUCGAAGUCAAAAAUUGAAACGAAAUUAUGUUUCAAUGUAAAUAUCUUACAAAGUAAGGUCAUUUAGAUUCAAAUUUUAGAUCAUAUCGGUCAGUUGAAUGUAAUUUAUUAUUUCGUACACUUAACUUCAUCACGUCAUUAUUAAGAAUAAGCUAGUUGUAUGAAAUCAAUGGUUCUAAUUCUGAAAUGCCUCUAUAAAACCGAUGGUGCUAAAAAGUGCUACGCGUAUUAUUAAACUCUAUAAUAUUCAAUAUGUUGUGAAAACUAUAUAUAUAUAUACGUUAAGUUUUGUACAGAUUCCUUCUUAUUGUGUCCUUAUUUAUAAUAAUAUCAGUAUCUUUCAUACUUAGCGAUUAAGGAUAAACGUCGAGUCAUGCCAUUAGGAUAAGUUUAGAUAAAAUAUAUUUUUCAUUGCCCUUUGAAUAUUGUUUAAUAAUGGAAUUAUUUUAUAAAAUAUUACAUUGUAAAUUAUAAACAGUUCAAUGGGCUGGAAGUUUUCAAUUUUUAAUAAAGUACUAGAUGAAAUUAUUUAAAUUUUGAAGUUUCGAUAUUGAUAAGAGUAAAUACGCAUUAAUAUUUUUUGAAUAUGAAUGUAAUUUAGCUAUUAAUACGUUAGUUUUAUUUGAAUUAUUAUGUGUAUGUUUACACAAUGACAAGUGGGGUUAGGAACAAGAGGAACAGAAGCUUAUAAAAGCGAAAGAUAAUUUCAAUAACGACCCCUUUUUAUUCUGUAACUUUCAACUAUAAUUUGACGUUUUAAAAUCUUUUUAAAUACUUCAAUUGUUGUUUCAAAAUAUUUAGUACUUUUUAAUUGUUGCUAUUUCUCAAUAUACAAAUACUGUUCCGUCCAAUUCUCUAUGACAACUAUUUAUGUUGUUUGUACAUUAAUAGAUUAAUUUAGUUAAGGUUUCAAGAAGCUAAUAUUAUUGUAAAAUACGAUCAAACACCAAUGAAUACAAUAAUUAUAUAAUUUAUAAUAUUAUACUCAUCGUUUUAAAUGAAUUUGCAUUUAUUCCGCAUUUAUGAAACAUAUUAUUUUCUUUGUUGUAUCCUUAUUGAUUUUGCUCAAGAAUAACUUUAAAAUUAUUAAUCUUUAUUAGAUUUAUUUUAAGAUCAAAUUUAGUUAUUUUAAGUAUAUAAGUUUUAUUUAAUUAAUUGAUUGAAAGACCGUUAAUAAUAAUAUAUAAUUAUCAACCGUUAAUAAUCGUAGUAUUUAUAAAUCACGUAGACUUUUACAAGCGCUUUAAAUCGUUUGAGAAUUAAUAACACUUAAAAUACUAGUAAGAAUAUCCUUGCUCAUAUUGUAAUAAAUUAUAAAAUUAUUAUUGUUAUAAUAGAAAAAUAUACAUAUAUUUUAUUUUUCUAAUAAUAAUUUAUUGAUAAUCUUGACAGGUCUUUCAAUCGUUAUUGUAAAAUUAAAGAUGAUAAUCAUUUUUAUCAUACGAUUGCCACCCAAAAAUCUUGCAUUUAUUAAAACUAUUAUUUCCUAAGUUACAUAGAUUUUUGUGAGAACAAUUUGUCUAAGUGCAAUUUUAACAUAUAUUUAAGUAACGUUAUAUCCAGUGUAACUUUGUUUACUUUUAAUUAUCUUCAACAUGGUUUUGGUUUCUAUAUUAUACUUAUAUUUCAUUUAUUCUUUUAUAACGGGAAUUUAAGAAUAUAUUUAUUGUAAACAAUUUGUUUAUAUUUGUUUUUGUAUGAAUGUGACGAAUGCACUUGUUAAUAUUUAAUGAAAUUAAAGUUAUGUUGAAAAUACAA